AUGAAUUAUUCCGUUCUAGGAGAAAAUGAAACAUUUGUCGUUCUUCGAAGCACCACCACAGGAGACGAAGACCAUGGAUAUAAUCCGGAUCAACAGCACAGUGCGGAUGAGCACUCGUCUACAAUUGGCCUGCUGGUGCUAGGACUCAUUAUGAUGAUGUUGGUGGAUCAGAUUUUUUUACCAGUAUCCCUGAAUUCCACCGGCAUCGCGACGCUAUUUUCUGCAGGAACGUUUCUGGACGCGACUACGUUUCACAUACUGCCGGAACUGACUCACAAUACCGGGCGCGGAGGCCAUCGAACCGGCAGCCAUAGUAGAGUGGAAGCUACGUUGCAGAACACCGGACUGGCUCUGCUGAUCUCGAAAGUCCCACUGCCUAUGUUCUGGAUCAUUUUGACAACACCAUCAGAGAGCGGUCAUAGAGCCGCUGACGAACUUAACCCAAAUAUUGCUCAGUUAGUAAAGCCGGUCUUGUUUUGUCGAAGGAAAAGGAAUCGAUUAAUAAAUUAGAUAAUGUACCGUGACAUCAUCUAAUUCCACCCCAAGUUCCAACAUCUUUUCUCGGUUACUAAUUCCAUUUACCUUAUACGUUUUGCUUGGUGUGAACGAAAUUAGGAACCGUAAAAAAGUGAUUAAAAUUAGGUGUUGUCACCGUAUACUAUUUUUUGAAUAAUCUAGGUUUGAGCUUCAUAUAAUAUCGAAUGAACGAAUGUCAGAUAAGUCUUGGAAAUGUGUAAAGUAAAACUACGCACUAUAAAAUAAAUCGUUUUGUUUUAGUUUUUGAACUGAGUUCCUUUUGUUUUGUUUUAUUUGAAUUAGUUUUCAACCAAUUUAGGUAUAUGGUUGCAGGUAAGAUUCUUUGACGUAUGCAAUGGAGUGGUCAAUAUUCGAUUUUUGGUGUUUGUUAUUGUUAAGUCUUGGGCUUGCAAACGGAGAUAUAGUAUAUGUUUUCCAAAAGAAAUAAAUAUCACCUUCGCUCUACAUGGAUUUGUUCUCGAUUUUCUUGUGGAUAAAACAUAUUUCAUUACAAAUUUUGGGAAUCUUCAUCAGAAUUAUUCUGUGCGAUGCGAAGAGUUUUAACUGCUAGAACUGCAACUCUUGGAUAUGGCACGUAUAGAUUUGUUCCUAAAUUAUUCACGUUCAAAGCUGGAUGUCUGUUUGAUUUUCUAAAGCAGUUUACAAAUCUCACUUGUAGCAAAUGAUCUGUUGAAGGUGCCCAGUAAACACCCAACUAACAAUCACUCAUUUAACAAACACCAUUAUGACGAAUUAAUUCAACAUAAUGUUGAAUAACAUUUGAAUUAUCUUCACGUACAACCUAUGUUCGGGUUUUGUUCACACAAAUUUGGAGAAGUUAUAAAGCAUCAUGUUGUGCACCAACUUAAUUUUUUGUUCUUCAAAACGUUUUACAAAUGUACAAGAAAGUUGUUAUUCAGCAUUGGCAAAAAUGACUGAAAAUAAAUGAAAUGCAAAAAUUUUGAACUCUCACGAGAGUUAUUAUUAUUAUUAUUAUGAGAACACUUAUUAUGAAAUAAGAAUUGCAUAUAAAAUUAGCUAAAUCCGGAUUAGAACUCGAGACCUGUCGAUUGCCAGCCGCUUGCCUUCCUAUCUGCGCCAUCCUAGAGAUGGUGAGAUGCAGCGACCAAAGCAAAACAUAAUCUUCCCAUGACUCAAUAAUGAUCACUCCUGAACUUGUGUUCAGCAGUGGUGAAUUAGCACAGCACGUGGUAAUCAACUGAACAACGCCUUAUACUUCAACAGCUGUUCAGCCCAAAACACGUGUUUUCCAUUCUGAUUUCGCUGUCAGUAUUUUUAUCGCACGGUGAGAAAACUUGUAUCGAAUGCGGCCAAAAAGUGUUGGUCAUUAUUGAAGAUAUUGUUUCCAGACGAACUUAUUGCGAUAUGAAUGUUUUU